AGCACAUAGGCUGGUGUUUCUCAGCGGAAUGGGACGAUGGGUUGAACAUUCACGUUUACCACAGCUGGUUCCAGACCCUGUACUGGUCAAGUUUUCACUCGCAGCCGCUGCUAGCUCCAGUGAGGUAUGGAGAAAGUUGUCAUCGUUACCGGCGCUAACAGUGGUAUUGGCCUUGCUCUGUGUGAGAGGCUGCUGACUGAGGACAGCACGCUCCUGCUGUGUCUGGCCUGCAGAAACAUGCAGCGAGCCGAGGCUGCCCGCUCCGCCCUCCUGACCUCUCACCCUGAUGCCCAUGUGGAGCUGCUACACCUGGAUGUGGGCUCAGUGCAGUCAGUGCUCACUGCUGCGCAGGAGGUCAAGGCUAGGUACAGCAAAAUUGACUUCCUGUAUCUUAAUGCAGGAAUUAUGCCCAACCCACAGGUGGACAUCAGAGCUUUCUUCAAAGGUCUUUUCUCCAGAAAUGUUGUCAACAUGUUUGCUACAGCAGAGGGCCUCUUGACUCAACAGGACCAGAUCAAUUCAGAUGGUCUGCAGGAAGUUUUUGCCACCAACCUCUUUGGGCAUUUUCUCCUGAUCAGGGAGUUGGAGUCUCUCCUGUGUCAGGCGGCUCACUCAUCUGAAGUCGUGUGGACCUCCUCGAGUAAUGCUAGCCGUUCCGCCUUCAGUCUGGAGGACAUGCAGCACAAAAACGGGACAGAGCCAUACAGUUCCUCAAAGUACGCAUCAGACAUGCUCAGUGUGGCACUCAACAGACACAAAAACAGCCAGGGGCUGUUUUCCUCUGUUAUCUGUCCAGGACUGGUGAUGACCAAUCUGACCUAUGGCAUCCUCCCCUCCUUCUUCUGGACUCUCAUUAUGCCCAUCAUGUGGCUGAUCCGGAUCUUCACGAACACAUUUACACUCACACCAUACAAUGGAGCAGAGGCACUGCACUGGUUGUUUCUUCAAAAUCCAGAGUCUUUGGAUCCUAGAUCAAAGUAUCACAGUUUAACUUCAGGACUUGGAAAAAGCUACACUCAGCCCCGAAAGAUGGAUAUAGAUGAAGACAUGUCUGAGGCCUUCUAUGUAAAACUUUUGGAGCUUGAGAUAGACAUCAGAAGAAAACUCAGAGAGAGAAAUGCAGACAAAGAUGCUCACAAACAGACUGUCAGUGGAAAAGAACAGAAAUGAAGCUUUUCUAAGUGGAUUUGUUUUUAAAGGAUCAUGUGUGCAAUGUGUGAUGAAAAGCAAUAAAAGAAGUCUUAUUAUUUUU